AUGGCUGACUUUGAUGAGAAGAAAAUUCAAAAAUAUCAUCAACAGAAGAGGCACACUUUUAUUCAAAGAAAUCAAUCCCAAUGGAAGAGACCAGAGCAGAAAUCCGGCCAAUGUAAGAAACCAGGACAUAUUGCAAGGGAUUGUCGCACCCCACCUGUCAAAGUUCAAGCGAGGGUAUAUACAAUGACUAAAGAACAAGCUGAUGCAGAUGCAUCUGUGAGAAGAUUGGGCAUUAUACCAGAUAUGCUAGAUGUCAUGUAUAACGUGAUGACUCCAUCAGGGGAAGAGAUAAAUUCCAACCAAAUGUUGAAACAUUGUUCUAUUCAGAUGAGUGGCAGAACACUUUACGCGGAUCUUGUUUGUUUACUAGUCGCAAAUUCUGACACCAUUUUGGGCAUGGAUUGGCUUACAAAAUAUUAUGCAACAAUUAAUUGUAAUCAGAAGGUUGUCAUCUUUCAGCCACCUGGGGAAGAACAUUUCGAGUUCGGUAGUCAUUCACUUUCAUCUUCAAUACCAUUUAUAGCUACAUUGAAGGCUCAAAAGAUGAUGAGUAAGGGUUGUGUUGGAUACUUGGCUAAUUAUGGACACUUCAGUAGAAACACAAUUGAAACCCCAUGA